CAGACGGUGCUAGUGGUUCCGGCUCAGACAGAGUGAAGACAUGGCGUCUUCCAUGGAGCUGAUGUGCUGGGGAGGAGACUGGGGGCUGCCCUCUGUCCACACCGACUCUCUCAUCGUGCUGGCAUAUGCCAAAUUUUCACGGGCUCCACUGAAUGUGCACUUCAUUAAUAAUCCCUGGAAAUCACCCACAGGUGAUAUUCCAGUAUUGAUUUAUGAUAAUAAGAACUUUGUGCAACCUGAUAGUAUUCUGAAUUUUCUACGAAAACAGAAGUACAACGCUGACUACGAACUGACAGCUACACAGGGAGCGGACACGCUGGCAUUCAUUGCACUGAUUGAGGAGAAACUUCGCCCAGCUUUGCUGCAUGCUUUCUGGGUGGACAUCGAGAAUUACUGCAAUCUGACGCGUCCAUGGUUUGCUUCGAGAAUUCCCUUUCCGUUGAAUUUCUACAUACCAGGGCAGAUGUCGAGGUGUGCCAUGAAUCAGAUUGUUCUGUCCAGGGGUGAACCUCCUUUCUUCAACAUCAAGGAGGUGGAAACACAGAUAUACCGAGAUGCGAAGGAAUGUCUGAACCUUCUGUCUUAUAGAUUGGGAACAUCUAAUUUCUUCUUUGGGAAAACACCAACGAGCUUUGAUGCCUUUGCCUUUGGAUUUCUGGCUCCGCUCUAUAAAGCAGAGCUGCCUAACGCCCACCUGCAGAAGCAUUUGCAUCAGCUCCCAAACCUGUGCCACUUCUGUGACCACAUCUUGACUCAGUACUUCGCACAAAGCUCUGCAGUCACCUCUGAGGAAAUGAUGGAUGAAAACCUGCAGAAGCUAACCCAACUUGUCAACAAGGAAUGCAACUUAAUCGAAAAGAUGGACGACAAUCUUCGCAACAGCCCCCAACAUAAACCCCAGGGAGCACCCCCCUCUUUAAAAGUGACAACCGCGACCAGUGAAGUGAACUCCUCGCAGCACUGACACGCCUUGACUGGCCUUGUUGCAGGGACGUAUAUAUAUGCAGCAAGUCGGGGGUUUAGCAGAUCUUUCACAGUUGCUACAGACACAGGAGGAGGGAGGUGGAGAUGGGAGGUAAACAAAGAGACCUUCUCAAGGGGGUCUGAAACUGAACAUGGGCUGAAGAAGCCGUCUAGAAACCACGCACAAAUCACCGGAGCUCGAUUCUAAUUCAGCGUCCGGGACUGAAGAAGCAGCAGCGUCUGUUCCGAUGCGACGCCUCAGGCCUGCUUCUGAAUGUUGCUUUUAAACGUUAAAUUUAAGAUCAUGUGAUAGGAGUAGAAUUAGGCCAUUCGGCCCAUCAAGUCUACUCCGCCAUUCAAUCAUGGCCGAUCUAUCUCUCCCUCCUAGAGACCGAUCAGCCACGACAGACUUAACCUGUUCACUGACAAUAGACGUAUGUGGUGCAUAUUAGGUUCCAAUGAAUGGUAUGCAUGGAACCAGAUUAGUGAAUGUAAUAGCUGCUGACAUGCCGGUUUUGAUUGCUUCACCAAGUGGCUGCCAAUUUUGGAGACAUCAGUGUUUCCUAGAAUACUCCUCUGUUUCCCCUUUCCUGUUUGCAAUAGACUAUAGCUGACCAACACUGGUCUGAAUGUGCCAGCUACACAUAGACUUCUUGCAGCGCUCAUUACUGGGAGCUUGUUGGAACUGCACAGGUAUUAACCUUGGGUAAUCUAUCUAAAAUGCCCCAGUUACUAUCCCUCAAUCAAUGCAAUGCUGACUUUGUAGCGUUGUAGGCACCUUUAGUGUAGAAUUAUAAAGAAUUGUAAUUUUA